CAAGCCGGGAGCCCGGGGGAAGGAAGGCGGGCGUGCAGGAGGGCAGCGCCGGGGCUCGUGGAGCGGCGGCGGAGCGGGAGGGCGGCGGGCGCUGGGGUCGCCCCUGGGGUCGCCGCGCCGUUCCCGCUGGGGAUGUUCGCGCCUCGCGGCCUCCGAGCAUCACGGGGCGCCCGCCGGCCGGGCCUCUGAGGGCCGCCGGGUCGGGGCGGAGGGCUGCGGGCCCGCGCCUCCGCAGCAGCGCGGCCGGCGCCGGGCCAGGAGGAUGCGCGGCGCCGGGCUCUGAAGCAUGGAGGGGGUUCUGUACAAGUGGACCAACUAUCUCACAGGUUGGCAGCCUCGAUGGUUUGUUCUGGAUAAUGGAAUCCUGUCCUACUAUGACUCACAAGACGAUGUCUGCAAAGGGAGCAAGGGGAGUAUAAAGAUGGCGGUGUGUGAGAUUAAAGUCCAUUCCGCAGACAACACAAGGAUGGAGCUAAUCAUUCCAGGAGAGCAGCAUUUCUAUAUGAAGGCAGUGAAUGCCGCAGAGAGACAGAGGUGGCUGGUCGCCCUCGGGAGCUCCAAAGCCUGCUUGACCGACACGAGGACUGCAAAAGAGAAAGAAAUAAGUGAGACCAGUGAAUCUCUGAAAACCAAAAUGUCUGAACUCCGCCUCUACUGUGACCUCCUCAUGCAGCAGGUUCAUACGAUCCAGGAAUUUGUCCACCAUGAUGAGAGGCAUUCAUCUCCCAGCGUAGAGAACAUGAAUGAGGCCUCUUCCUUGCUUAGUGCCACCUGUAACACAUUCAUCACAACCCUCGAGGAAUGUGUGAAGAUAGCUAAUGCCAAGUUUAAACCUGAGAUGUUUCAACUGCCUCAUCCGGAUCCCCUGGUCUCUCCUGUGUCGCCUUCUCCUGUUCAGAUGAUGAAGCGUUCAGCCAGCCACCCUGGUCCCUGCAGUUCUGAGAGGAGCAGUUGCUCCAUCAAAGAACCAGCAUCUGCCCUUCACCGACUUCCUCAGCGCCGCCGCAGAACCUACUCGGACACAGACUCUUGUACUGAUGUUCCCCCCGAAGACCCAGAGAGACCUCUUCACUGUUCAGGAAACACACUUAAUGGAGAUUUGGCAUCAGCAACCAUUCCGGAAGAAAGCAGACUUAUGGCCAAGACACAAUCUGAAUCUGAAGAACCUCUUCCACCCUUCUCCUGAGGAAACGGACAUGUCCAGCUUCCUCUGAGUGUUGCUAUGCAAAAGCUGCUGUAAUUAAACUUGUUCUGGGGUAGCUUUCCCCCCUCCUUAGGAUUUCUCUGCACUUUAUAGAAUAUUGUAAACAAACAACCCACAUACUUUUGAAGUGUAUUUUAUCUUUCUAUAGUUUACUUGCAAGAGUAUUUUCCUAAUAACUUCACAGUAUGAAUGUGCAUCUUUUUUUUUUUUUUAAACAAAUGAUGGUGUAACAUUUUGACAUCCAUAAGGACAAAUGUAGAUAUUUUUCUAAAAAACUGUGAGGGACUGACAGCUUGGUCAGUGUGUAUUGUAGUAUAUAAACAUGAAAUCUCGCCAGAUUUAUUUGACAGAAAUGUGAUAGAUGUAACUUGUGCCAUGGACCAAAAGGUCACUUCACCCCAGCUUAAAAUUAAUUACCAUAGCAGCUUGAUGGUGAUUUUUUUAUCCUACUCCUUUAAGCAAAAAGGAAACGCUUAAUAUUCUAAAGGUCUGUAGCCCAAAUACCAUGAUAUAUUGAGCAUUUAAAAAAAAAUCAGCCUCUGCUGUCCUUCAUGUGUGAAGUUGACACCUACUGAUUUCUCAAUACCAAACAUCAGAUUACAGUAUUUAAUUUUUAUUUAUUUAUUUUCUUAUUGCAUCAAAAGAUGGUUAUGCCCUAACUUUUUAAGUUCCCAAUUUAAGAUGUAUAUGCAUAGUUGUUAUUUACAUUGUUCUAAGAUACAUGAGGCAAGUGUCUCAGUGAUUUUGUUCCCUUACACCAGAGAAAUAAAUGGUUUUCAAUGGAAGAGGAUUCCAGUGCUUUUUGAAACAAUAGGCAUUAAGCUGCUGUUGUAAGGUAUGAGUUGCAGCUCUUUGGCAUAUCUAGAGACAUUUUUAAUUUAUGAAUAUUUAUACAAAAAAGUAAUUCUGUCAAGAUGACUGUUCUAUAUCACUUGAGAAUGGCAUUAUUUAAUUAAAGAACAAUUUGCAGUUUUUGGUAGUGCCUGUCGUAUCUAUUGCCGGGUUAUUCCUCUACACUGUAUUUCUUUUAAGUCACUUUGGGGUGAUGAUUUUAUCCCAGAGUUUGAAUGAGCAGCACUUUAACAAAAAUUGGCCUUGUAUUUUUCAGUUAGUCAUACUGAACGAAUACAUGGUUUUUACAUUCAGAUUCAUCAUAUAAUACAUUGUAUCUUUUACAUUCAUUGACACUCUAUUAAAUGCCUUUUGUGUUCUUUA